UAGGCACAGCCACGAGACCUCCCCUGUUCCGCGCUGUUCAGAUGAGUAGCUCCCACCCCGUGGUGGAGGUACGUUUGGUUCAUCUGUUCUCUACCCUCCUGCGGUCAUCUCCACAACGAGACGAUGAGCGGGUUGUCUGUCUGGGGGGAGGAGUCUGAACAUCCCCAGAAGGAGGAGGAGGAAGUUGAGGAGGUGUUGGAGGAGGAGGAGGUGGAGGAGAAGGAGGAGGAGGAUGGGGAGGCACGCCCGUUGUCCCCCUGGUCAGAGGAGCGCUGCGAGGAGCUGUGGGAGCGCGUGGAGGCCAACCGCCACAAGCUGACCCGCAUCCUGAACCCCGCCAAGCUCACGGCGUACCUCCGGCAGUGCAAGGUGAUGGACGGUGAGGACGAGGACGAGGUGCUCAACUCCACGCAGUACCCCCUCCGCGUCAGCAAGGCUGGGCGUCUGCUGGACAUCCUGCAGCUUCAGGGGCCCCGGGGCCUGCAGGCCUUCAUGGAGUCCCUGGAGUUCUACCACCCGGAGCAGUUCACCCUGCUGACCGGCCAGAAGGCCACCCAGCGCUGCUCCCUCAUCCUGGAUGAGGAGGGUCCGGAGGCCCUGACCCAGUUCCUGCUGCUGGAGGUGAAGAAGCUGCGGGAGCAGCUUCGCAACGCGCGGCUGUGUGAGCGCCGCCUGUCCAAGCGCUGCCGCGCGGCGGAGGAGGAGCGCAGCCGUGCCGAGGGCAAGGCCCACGACCACCGCUACGAACGGCUGCAGCUGGAGAGACUGCGUCAUGAUUUGGAGUUGGGGAGCCGGGAGCUGACCCGGCUGAAGGACCGGCACCUGGAGCAGGCCGUGAAGUACUCCCGGGCCCUGGAGUUGCAGGGCCAAGCCUCGGCCCGUGAGAAGGAGCUCCUCCGACAGGUAGAGGAGCUGAAGCUCAGGCUGGUGGAGGCGGACACACUGAGCAUCAACGGCCACUCCCGCUCUCUGUCCCUGAAGCGCAGCAGCGUGCUCCACAACAGCAUCAAGAGGAUGACGCCACCGCUGCUGCCUCUCAAGCCCCUGCAGCACAGCGACAUCCCGAAAGACGCGCCGACGUCUGGAACCUCGGCCCUGAUGGACAUCCUGCAUCAGGACCGCAAGGAGGCGGUGGAGCAGAGGCAGGAGAUGUGUGACACCAUCACCAGACUGCAGGAGGAGCUGGAGAGCACAGAGGAGCAGAUGGAAGAGCUGGAGGGCCAGUGUGAGCAGCUUCAGCUGAAGGUGAGGACCCUGCAGAUGGACUGGGAGACGGAGCAGAAGAGGAGCAUGUCCUACUUCAACCAGACCACAGAGCUUGAGAAGGAGAGGGACCAGGCGCUGAGGAGCCGGGACAGCCUGCAGCUGGAGUACACGGACUGCCUGCUGGACAAGAACCGUCUUCGGAAGAGGAACGCCGAGCUGCAGGUCUCCCUGGAGCAGCAGGCCUGGCUGCUGGAGAAGGAGCGGGAGCGGGCCCGCCAGCAGGGGGACAAGGCCGGGCCCUGCCUGAACUGUUCCAACCUCUCCCUGUGCAGUGAGGACCAGUGCUUUGGGCCCUGCUGCUCCCCCGGUCUGGACCUGAGCCCCAGCAUCUCAACCUCCAACAUUCUGCUGAGAAAGAUCCCCCACAAAGGCCCAGUGAGAGAGCCAGGAGAAUCACGUUCCAUCUCAGAUGACAAUCUUCUGCCCCUUAUGGUAGAGAACGAGAAGGAAAUCAACCGGUUGUCGACCUUCCCCUUCCCGCCGUGCCUCAACUCCAUGAACCGCCGCUUCAACACGGAGUUCGAGCUGGACUCCUGGGGCAGCGACGACAACGACCUCACCUCAGGAGCCCCCAGCGAGCCGUCGCUCUGUUACUCCUUGAGCUCCCUGAACUCCCAAGUCUUCUCCCCCGACCUGGCCGGCCUGCCCCCGGCCCCGCAGCCCAAACCCUGGCCUGCUGCCCCAGGGUACGGGCGCUCACUGAACACUGAACACUCAACACUCAACACUGAACCCUGGCCUGCUGCCCCAGGGCUGAAGCCAGUGUCCCCGUCGUCCAGUCCGCCUAUCGCGGUCAAGCAGAGGCAGUGCAGCUUUGACGAUGAUGUCACUCUGGUGGGAGGGAACCAUACGGGCGUCUUCGUCAGUCAUGUGACCCCCGGGUCACACGCCGCCAGCUGCGGCCUGCAGGAGGGCAGUGAGCUGCUGGAGCUGCAGCAGGUCCUGUCGGGCGGGGGCAGUUUGCUGCUGUCUCAGUGCACAGCGGAGGUGGCCCACUUCUCCCUGCAGUGGUGGACGCAGCCUGCCUCCCUGAAGCACCGCGCCAACCCAGAGGCCUACGCCACCCUGUGCUCCCAGCUGGCCGCGCCCUCCUUCCUGGGCGCUGACUCCUUCUACGUCCGGGUCAACCUGGACAUGGACCCCAGCGGGGACGUCCCCUUCCUGGGGGCGCGCUGUGAUGACAUCAUGCACGUGACGGACACGCGCUACCAGGGGAAGUACCAGUGGCGCUGCUGCCUGCUGGACCGCUGCACCGCCCAGCCGCUGCUGGCCGGGGCCAUGCCCAACUACAACAGGGCCCAGCAGCUGCUGCUGCUGCGACUCAGAACCAUGGCCUCGGAGCAGAAGAACUUCAAGAAGAAGGUGCUCUCCAGGAAGGUGGCGGCCCGGCGGGUGCGUCUGGUGAAGGCCGUGGCUCCGGGCGCCGGGGGCCCGUCCACCCAGGUCCUCUACACGCUGAGCCACCGCCAGGAGGAGCAGCUGAUCCCCUACAGCCUGGUGCUGCCGGUGCAGGCGGGGGCGCGGCGGCCGGUUCUCUUCUCCCCCUCGCCGCUCUCCAGGGGGCUCAUAGAGCAGCUGCUGCAGCCCGCCAUGUCCCAGCUGCAGUUCAACACCUGCCCUCCAGAACCCAUCCCGGCCACCGAGAGGUGCCAGAAACACGUGUUUAUGCUGAACCCCUCGAUUCCAGACGACUCUCUGGGCAUCAGGCUGCAAUCCAUACAAGACAUCGUCAGCCAGGAUAAGCACUGUCUGCUGGAGCUCAGCCUGGCCAAUGUGCAGGGCCUGCUGAAGCAGGGAGUGUACCCAAUCGUCAUCCACAUCCAGCCCAAGAACAAGAAGUACGGGAGACUGAAGAAGUGGUUUCCCCAGUGCGGAGAGGAGAAGUUGAUUGAGGAUCUGUGUCGGAGGGAGGAACUGCAGCUGGAGACUCUUCCACUGUUCCACCACACGCUGGAGCCCAGCCGCUGGAGCAGCACGGACGACCUGCUGUCCGCCAUCCGCAGUGCCAUCGACAGCCAACAGAGGGCGGUAGCCUGGGUGGAAUUUGAGAGACUGCAGUAACCGCAGCCGGCCGCCAUACGCAGUGCCAUCCAGGACCAGCAGAGGGCGGUGGCGCGGGUGGAAGUACCGUCCUUAGCCAGUAGAGGGCACUGGGAUUGGUGGAACUGGACAGACUUCAGUAACUGCAAGGCAGGUUAUUGACCAGUAGGCGACACAUGCACCUCGCCCACAAAAAAGUGAAAUGUGGCAUUUCAUAGGAUUUAAACCACUGCAGUCUUUUUUAAUCAAACGACUGCAAAACCUUUGUUUGUAGAUAGAUUAUCGGAUGUGUUAUUGUCCUAUUGCGGUUGCUAUAUAUGUAAAUUCAUUCAUUUAAAUUAAUAGGGCUAUUGGCACAACAGUACCAAUACUUGGUACUGUUUUGUUCUGGUGCUGACAGCGGCUGGCACAGUCCACCAGAACAGACGUUCUCACAGAGCCUUUCACUCACUCUGGCAGCGUCUUUAGAGGGCCAUGUGGGUAGAUUACCAGGCUGUAUACCUCAAAGAUUCACUCAGGUGUUAUUCUCAUCCAAUCCAGAACCGGCCAAGGAAAUAACUCUUUGGAUCUGUAUUUUUUUAAUCUGUUGACCAGGUUAAAGUUCAAAUUGUUUCACCUUGUGUUUGUACAAAUGCACAACAUUAAAACUUUGUUUUUUCUA